AGGGGGGAGGGGCUGAGGAAUUUGUAUUUGUUUCUUGCAUUUUCUGCCUCACCACUCAGAGGAGAACAAGUGAUUUUCACUUUGCUUAGACAUCGGGUUGUCGUUUCAUUAAUAUCUCAUUUAUCGAACACCCCCCCAACACUAUUUCAUUACUAUGUGAGAGGACAAGAAGGAAGUACUUAGUAGUUAAAAAUAAUAGUAUUUAUUAUUAACUAGUAAACUAUUAAAUAAAGGCGACGAGCUCUACUUAUAUAUACAUAUAUAUAUAUAUAUAUAUAUACACACGCGCGACACUAUACACACCCUCGUAGUGAUCGUUGGUAGGUGACAUUAUAAAAAGAAGUCAGUGUACAACAGAAAUCGUUUAUUCAAAAUGAUGACCGAUGAUAAAUUCGUAUCUGAAUACCUGAGUGACGAACAUCUGUCAUCGGCAGACGAAAAGGAAGGUGAGUUUGUCGGUGCCACCCUAAGUUUGAAACCAACAAAUUCAGGUUACAUCGGAGUACACACCUACCAUGGCAGCACCAACGACGUUACGGAUGGUCAUCCGUUUAUUAGAAACGAACAACAUACACCGACCCCCAUCGACAAUCAAGCUAUGGCCACUGACCCCAACCUCAACAGAAGUCGACCAGGAAGUACGUACAGUCGAAGGAGUACUCUGAGUACGAGUAGCCGAACGUCCAAGAAACAGAACAUUGUCCGGACGGAUGAAGCAUGCGAUUUAUUUUUUAGUUACAAGGAUAAUUCCUUUGAUACUGCUGUGAGAAAGUGUAGUGAACAUAUCCAACGUGAAGCAGAUGGCCAGUUCCAAGGGGCAUGGAUCCUUACUGAAGUUGACCAUUGGAAUAAUGAAUUGGAAAAACUGGUGAUCCUUACCGAUGAUUCUCUGCUGAUUUUCAAGUACAACUUCAUCACUCAGAAAGUACUCUUGUACAAAAGGAUUUUUCUACAUUGUAUCGACACAGUGAAAAUGGGAGAUUUUGUUUAUCCAAAUUUCUCUGUGAUGCCUAAUCGGUCCCAUGGAGGUAUCCAGGUCUGUUGGAAUAAAGGCCAAAUUCCACCCAUUUCUCAAGUUUGGAACCCAUUUUCAAAUGAUAUUCCAUGGGCAAUAUUUUGUCACCAUCCUCUUAUCUAUAAUCCUAAAGAAUCUGAAACAGCUUACUUCAACGUUGAUGAUUUUAUGGACACCUUAGCGGACUGCCUUAACAAAUGCUACAACCGGAAACGACCCAACGAAAACGCAACGAUUGUUGAAGGGGCCAUUUUAUUGAAGAAUUAUGUAAAUUUGCCAUCAGUAUUCUUCAAUUCAAAUUCUCUGGGUUUCAGCCGUGAUCGGAAUGGGUUCUGUUUCUAAUAGAGAACAAUUUGGAGGCAGAAGAGAUAAUGCCGGGCAAUACAGUUAAAACUGUUGUAUGAUAUACUGGAAAAUGGUUGUAUCAUCACUAGCUUUAACAUGAGAGGAUGAAAGUAGAAGAAUGCCGACAUGGAGCAGAAAAACAAAAAGAGAAACUGCUGAAGAAGAAGAACUGUAAUAUAGAAAGAAAAAAAAAAUUGUCUUCUCUUUUAUGAUGGAAAUAUUUUUCAAUUUUAUUAUCAAUGUUUUACCAUUUUCUUUGGUUUCUUUUUGGAGUUAGAUGAGAAAAUGUUCAAAUGUGGGAAUAUAUAAAAAUAUCAAGAAAUAUAUGUAUAUUUAGAUUAUUUUUUUGUUAUUUUUUAGAACAUUUUUGUUAUUCUAUGCACCAUUGUCAUUUUUCUUCUUCAUUGGCAAUGUAAUUAAGGUAAUUUAAAGUGAAUAUUGUUCAAGUAAUUUCUACAUUGGUUAGACAAUUUUAGAUGUAAAAUAAAGGAUUUUUGUUUUCUAAUAAGGACUGAAAAUUAUGUGUGUAAUACACACACACACACACACACAUACAUACACUGUAUAUGCGUGUAUGUAUAUGUAUGUAGUUGCCAUAAGACCAGUGGCGAUGAAAAAGCAACAACAAAAACCCCUCAAAAAUCCCAUGCCAUAUUAUUCCUUUCAGCUUAGGAAUUUCUGAUGAUUGCCAAAUUGAUCUCAAUUCCUGGUAUGAAACUGAUUGAUAAAGUGACUGAUAUGAGAAUAUAAUAUUGCUUUAUUAUUAAAAAUAGUCAUCCAUACAUAUAUAACUUUGUGCACACAUACACCUGUUGAGAGAUGUACCACCCAUGUGCUAGCAAAGAUCAGUGGUUCUCAGUCUUUUGGACCCAAUGGUGCAAUGGAGAUCACUGGUGCAGUUAAAAGGGAAAGUUAGAAAUAUAGAAAACCGUUGCUUACCUUGUGUUAUUAAUCACACAUGUGCUCAUUUUAGCAAGAUGUUCAGCCUUUGAUUAUUAUAUUUAAGUUAUAUUUUUAAAAUUCUGUGGCACACUAUAGAAGAAAGAAUAGGAAAGAAAAUGAAAUAGAAGGUGUGAGAUAAAAAAAAAAUGCCUAUGAAUUUAUUUGAACGUGAGGAAUAUCCCCGAUUGCUAGUCAUAGACUAUAGUUGUUUAUUUACUAAUAUUUGCAAACUAAGUUCAAAACAGAUAAUAAUUCUUUAACACAAGAACAUUCUUUAGUUAAAUUUAUCAAAUUUUCAAAACAGUUUAUUCUGAAAUAUUUUCUCUUUAUCACAUUUUGUAUUCUAAAUUUUGUUUGAUACUUUUUUAAUGUCUUGGUGGUUUAAUUAAAGAAACAGAAUAUUAAUUAUUAUACUCUGAUAUAUUUAGA